AUAAGCAAAUGGACGAGGUGAUAUUUGUUUAGGACCAGUUAUUUGGGAUUUAAGUUAUUCCAAAUGUAUUCAUAGUCUUUGCGAUGAUAUCUUGUUUCCACAGUACAAAGGCCUUACUUUAAUUCAGUUAAUCGAUAUGUAUCUCGAAUACGUAUAUAUUCGAUUUGUCGCCUAGUUGAAUUGAACGUUGAUAAAAACGUAUUCAAGAUUUGCGCACUCAUUAAAUAGCGUGUGAGAAAAAUUCCCAUCGAUCCCUUUAUGAAACAGAAUGGUGCUCAAGCCUCGGAUGAAAUGAGCACCGGGAUGUCGCCUGCUUGGUCAGAAUACGUCACCAAUGUCCUGAUAGAGAGUGGAUACGUCUCCCGGGCCGCCAUUGUCGGCAGCGAUGGACGCCGAUGGGCCGCAUCUCCCACUUUGGAACUGUCUUCUGCAGAGGUGAAAGCCAUCGCAAGCGGAUUCGUGGAACCAAACAGUCUCCGCCUAGAUGGAAUAUCACUUUGUGGUAAACUCUACACGUGCACGAGAAUGGACAGUGUGGUAAUGGUGGGGCGGGAGGGGGCCUCAGGGUCGGGCUGUAUAGUGUACCGGUGCAGGAACUCGCUGGUGAUCGGGGUAUACGAGGACGGCGUCCACCCGGGCGGGUGCUACAACAUGAUUUGUAAAGUUGGGGAUUAUCUGCGGGAGCAUGGACUCUGAAAGACAUUAAGAGCGAUUCGUGGAAAUCUCUCAAAGACUGCACGGGCUCGGUUUUCCCAGCCCAUUUCAAGAUGCGCACCUUCAUGGAGUGUAGAUAUUUAUCUAGAACUACAUGUUCAUUUGAUGUCAGAUCGGUGAUUAUGCUACAUCGUGAGAAAGUUGAUUUAAAAACCGACAAUGUAAUAAUCAAACAAUGGAAAAUUUACUCCGGCUUAACAGACUCUACAAAUGUAUUAAAUUGGAUUAUUGUGAUUUCUUUGUAAAGUCGAUUAGUGUUGUUUAAGUAGGCACAAUGGCCUAUUAUGACAUUGUUAUUUUUUAGUGUAACAAAUAGGACCAUAUUUCUGCGGCUGUUGAUCUAACAUCCAUUAGUUAAAGUUGGUCUUUCUCCAUUGAAAGUCUGCAGUCCUUUUGAAACAUAGCUGGGUACCUUUUACCUACGGUGAGGCCACCGAGACGCAGAAACGGACAAGUCAUUGUCGAUAUUGAACUUCUUAAUUUUGUAAUUUAAAGCUCUCAGCUCCCUAUGUAUUUUGUACCAUUUGGUAUUUGACGUUAUAUUAAACGCUCCCAUACCAUC